AUGGUCAAGCUCACGGUCGAUGGCAAGGAGGUUGAAGUACCUCAAGGCACAGCUCUCAUUCAAGCAUGUGAAUUGGCUGGCGCAACGAUCCCUCGCUUCUGCUACCACGACCGUCUUGCUAUUGCUGGUAACUGCAGAAUGUGCCUCGUUGAAGUCGAGCGCGCUCCAAAGCCUGUGGCUAGCUGUGCUAUGCCUGCUAUGCCUGGCUCAAACGUCUUUACCAACUCUGAACGCACCAACAAGGCUCGCGAGGGUGUCAUGGAAUUCCUACUAGCCAAUCACCCACUUGAUUGUCCUAUUUGUGAUCAGGGAGGUGAAUGCGACUUACAAGAUCAAUCGAUGCGUUAUGGCUCUGAUCGCUCGAGAUUCUUCGAAGUCACCGGGAAGCGCGCUGUUGAGAACAAAGACUUUGGCCCUCUCGUUAAGACUUCCAUGAAUCGCUGCAUUCAGUGUACAAGAUGCGUCAGAUUUGCAAAUGAAGUUGCUGGCGUUGAGGAAUUAGGCACCACUGGUCGCGGAAAUGACUUGGAAAUUGGUACUUACGUUCAAAAGACCUUGGAUAGUGAAUUAUCCGGUAACAUUGUCGAUUUGUGUCCUGUCGGUGCUCUCACUUCAAAGCCAUACGCUUUCACCGCUAGACCUUGGGAACUUAAAUCUACAGAGACUGUCGAUGCUUUAGACGCCGUCGGUUCAAACAUCAGAGUUGACUCUAGAGGUCAUGAAGUUAUGCGUAUUCAACCACGUGUUAAUGACGAUGUGAACGAGGAAUGGAUUAGUGACAGAACUCGUUACGCUUGUGAUGGUUUGAAGUAUCAAAGACUCACCAACCCUCUGAUCAGAGUUGGUGAUAGAUUCCAAUCUGCUUCUUGGCCAGGUGCUAUCGCCACUGUUGCAGAUGGUCUCUCCAAAUCUGGUGCAAAGGGUGAUGAAAUUCAAGCUAUUGCUGGUUCUCUCGCAGACACUGAAUCACUCGUUGCACUCAAAGAUCUUCUUAACAAGUUGGGAUCUGAAAACACUGCUCUUGACACUAAGAGGGGUACUGCCCCUCCAGCACACGGUGUGGAUCAUCGCUCAAACUACCUUUAUAACAACACCAUUCCUGCGUCUGAAGAAGCUGAUGCUGUUCUCUUUGUCGGUACUAACCCACGCCACGAAGCUGCUGUCAUCAACUCGCGUUUCCGUAAGGGAUACCUCCACAACAACACUGAUUUCGGUGUUAUCGGUGAUAAGUUUGAUGCUAUAUACGACUACGAACAUAUUGGCGUAGAUGCAAAGACUGUUGGUGACUUCCUCUCUGGUGGUGUCAAGUCUCCAUUCGCCGAUAAGUUCAUGAAGGCAAAGAAGCCACUGAUAGUGGUUGGUUCAGCAGUAACUGAGCAUGACGAUGGCCAGUCUGUUUAUGCAGCCAUAGCGAAGCACGUCGAAGCCAACAAGGACAGAUUCCUCACUGAGGAAUGGAAUGGUUUCUCUACAUUGCAAAGGGCAGCAUCACACACAGCUGCUUACGAUGUAGGUUUCGUUCCUUCCCAACAAGCGGAAUCAACCAAGGCCAAAUUUGUGUAUUUGCUCAACGCGGACGACUUUGAUGCUCAAGUGAUUCCACGCGAUGCUUUCGUUGUGUACCAGGGACACCACGGAGACCACGGUGCGCAAUUUGCCGAUGUAGUACUUCCGGGUGUGGCGUACACGGAGAAGGGCACAACGUGGAUCAACACAGAGGGGAGAGCGCAAUUAGGACGUGCUGCCAUCUCCGCACCUGGAGCAUCAAGAGAGGAUUGGAAGAUAAUUAAGGCGCUUUCUGAGCUGGUUGGAAAGCCGUUACCGUACGAGGAUGUGAUUGGCGUUAGGGAUAGGUUGUGGGAGAUUUCACCUGCGUUGACGAGAUACGAUGAACUCGAGUCGCCUUCUGCAGCGUCUGUCGGCUUGGGGUUGGCUGAAAUGGCGAAGAAGGGCACACCAGUCACAUCCACUAAGGCUUUCGUGAAGCCGCUCGAGAACUUCUACCAGACUGAUCCGAUUUCAAGAGCUUCAGUGACUAUGGCGAACUGCGUCAAGUCGUUUGUGAAAGGUGUUAAUAGCGAGGAGACUGCCGUACCACCUGCCGAGACGCAGGCGCAGAAGCAUGCAUGA